AUGCGCAGGCGAUCUAACUCUGGAGAUCUACAGGGAAAUAACAUCACAAUUCUCUACGAGUCAGAUUUUCAAGAUCUUUCCAAACUUAAAAUUUUGCAGUUAUCAGUUAAUUCGAUAAGAACAAUAGAGAGAGACGCUUUUCAAGAUCUAGUAAAUUUAGAAAGACUACGUCUUAAUGGCAACAGUAUACGACACAUUCCGGAAAAUUUAUUUUCUACAUUGCCUAAUUUAUUUCGUUUGGAUCUUAGCCACAACCAAAUCAGUGUUCUUGGCAAGAAGACUUUUCGUGGGAUUCAAUCACUGAAAAACUUGCAAGUUGACAACAAUCAAUUAACAUGUAUCGACGACAACGCUUUGCGAACAAUGAAAGAUUUGGAGAUUUUAACCCUCAACAACAACAAUCUAACAUGGUUAGGAAAGGACAUGUUCAGCAACAUGUUUCGAUUACGCACCCUGCGAUUAAGCGAAAACCUCUUUCAUUGCGAUUGUCAGCUAUCUUGGUUGGGCAAAUAUUUGCGACACUCUCCAAGACUUGCUCAGUAUACAAGAUGCCAUUCUCCCAGCCACCUUAAGGGACAAGCUAUUGUGGAUCUUCAAGAGAGAGAAUUUAAAUGUUCAGGCUUAGUUGAACGCGCAAUUAGUGGUGAAUGCACUAGUGAACCACAAUGCCCUCAUCCUUGUAGAUGUGCUGAUGGAAUAGUUGAUUGUAGACAAAAAGGCCUAACGAAAGUUCCUGAUCAUCUUCCCGAUGGUAUAACAGAACUGCGUUUUGAACAAAACGAAAUUACCGAAAUACCGCCGAAAGCAUUUGUUGUUCACAAACGACUGCGUAGGAUAGACUUGAGUAAUAAUAAAAUAUCGAAGAUUGCCCCAGAUGCCUUUCAAGGACUAAAAGCCUUAACAUCGCUAGUGUUAUACGGUAAUAAAAUUAAAGAUUUGCCUGCUGGGGUGUUCCAAGGAUUAGUAUCCCUGCAAUUAUUGCUGUUAAAUGCUAACGAAAUUUCUUGUAUACGAAAAGACACCUUUCGGGAUCUACAUAGCUUAAGUUUGCUAUCUUUAUACGACAAUAACAUUCAGUCUUUGGCAAAUGGAAGUUUUGAUUCACUACGAAGUAUUCAGACACUACAUUUGGCAAGAAAUCCCUUCAUUUGUGACUGUAAUCUAAAAUGGUUAGCGGAGUAUCUUCAUAAAAAUCCGAUAGAAACGUCUGGGGCGAGAUGCGAAACGCCCAAAAGAAUGCAACGAAGGAGGAUAGAAUCGUUGAAAGACGAAAAGUUUAAAUGUCAAGAAGAAUUUAGAACAAAGUUUGCUGGAGAAUGCCUGAUAGACAAUGCAUGUCCAUCGGGUUGUUCUUGUGACGGGACAAUAGUUGACUGUUCAGGAAGGGAGUUAAAGGAGAUUCCGAGGGACAUCCCGUUAUAUACAACAGAGCUAUUACUACAUGACAACGACUUAGGACGUAUAAAAUCUGACGGUCUCUUUGGUAGGCUACCUAAUUUAGUUAAGUUAGAUUUAAGAAGAAAUCAAAUUACAGGCAUUGAAGAAAAUUCAUUUGAGGGCGCAUCAAAAAUUUCGGAACUGUUAUUAUCUGAGAAUAAAUUGCUGGAAAUACACAAUAAGAUGUUUUUAGGCUUACAUAAUUUAAAAGUUCUUUCUCUUAACAAUAAUCAAAUAACAUGUGUAAUGCCUGGAUCAUUCGAUUUCCUCCAGUCACUGCACACACUGAAUUUGGUCCAAAAUCCUUUCAUGUGCAACUGUCAUCUAGCAUGGUUUUCCGACUGGUUAAAAAAUAAAGGUUUAAGUGGUUCACCUCCAAGAUGUGCUGGUCCCGAUAGAGUCAAAGAUGUAUUGAUACGGGAACUGCCUAAAACGGAAUUCAAAUGUUUAAGUGAUAGUGACCAAGGUUGCUUAGGAGAAAAUUACUGCCCCCCUAUGUGUUCUUGUACAGGAACAGUAGUUAGAUGUUCCAGAGCUAACCUUAAAGAAAUACCACGUGGAGUUCCGCCUGAAACCUCAGAAUUAUAUCUAGAUUUUAAUGACAUCGACAGGAUACAGGGUGAUAGGAUUAAACACCUAAAAUCUUUGACAAGACUGGAUUUAAGCAAUAAUAAAAUAGCUAUGUUGUCGAAUGAUACAUUUACGAAUCUGUCAAAAUUAUCUACAUUAAUAAUAAGCUACAACAAAUUACAAUGUAUUCAGAGGGACUCGUUACAAGGAUUGUUAUCUCUACGGAUUUUAUCCCUCCACGGCAACCAAAUUUCACUAAUUCCCGAAGGAACAUUUGCCAAUUUGAAAUCUAUAAGUCACAUAGCACUUGGUUCGAAUCCAUUAUAUUGUGAUUGUUCCCUUAAAUGGUUAUCUGACUGGGUUAAGGUUGAUUAUGUCGAACCCGGAAUUGCACACUGUGCGGAACCACCUGCAAUGAAAGACAAGUCGAUUUUAUCUACACCUUCUUCAUUUUUCGUUUGUAAAGGAAAAGUAAGCAACGAUAUUUUAGCGAAAUGCGACGCGUGCUAUACAUUUCCUUGCCAAAAUGAAGGGAAAUGCGUCACUAUGUCUGAAGGGGACUUUCAGUGCAAAUGUGCCCCCGGAUAUCAUGGGAAAAAAUGCGAGUUUAUGAUCGACGCUUGUUACGGCAACCCCUGCCGUAACGAAGGGAGUUGUAAAGUGCUUGAGGAGGGGAGAUUCAGCUGUCAAUGCCUCCCUGGGUUUUCCGGAAUGCGCUGUGAACACAACAUCGACGACUGCCUCAACAACAAGUGCGAAAACAACGCCACCUGUGUCGACCUCAUCGCCAACUACCAGUGCAAAUGCCCCGCAGGAUUCAUGGGUGAUUACUGCGAAAGAAAAAUUCCCUUUUGUACUGAACAAUAUAACCCUUGUAAAAAUAACGCUCGUUGCGUUGAUCACGAUUUUUAUUACACUUGCGAGUGUUUACCUGGUUUUAAGGGCGAGAACUGUACCAUCAACGUCGACGACUGUGAGAACCACAUGUGCCAGAAUGGAGGUACAUGUGUAGAUGGUGUAAAUGAAUAUUUCUGCAAAUGUGCAGGUGAUUACAGUGGAAAACUGUGUGAAAUAACACCAUUAGUUGCUAUGAUGUAUCCCCAAACGUCGCCAUGUCAACAUCACGAUUGCGUCCAUGGUGUUUGCUUUCAGCCAUCUGGAUCCAAUGACUAUUUGUGCAAAUGUGCUCCAGGUUACUCAGGAAAACGCUGUGAAUAUCUCACAAGUCUUAGCUUUGUACAUAAUACAUCUUAUGUAGAAUUGGAACCACUACGAACCAAACCAGAAGCAAACGUUACAAUUAUUUUUGCAACUAAACAAGAAAAUGGUAUACUACUGUAUGAUGGCCAUCAGGAACAUUUGGCAGUAGAACUUUUCAAUGGAAGAAUACGUGUCAGUUAUGAUAUUGGUAACUAUCCAGUAUCUACAAUGUACAGUUUUGAAAUGGUUGCCGACGGAGAAUACCACAUUGCUGAACUUAUAGCUAUAAAGAAGAACUUCACGUUACGGGUUGAUAGGGGUUUAGCAAGAAGUAUUAUAAACGACGGCUCAAAAGAGUAUCUAAGACUAACUACACCCAUGUAUUUGGGAGGAAUACCUCCGGAAGCUGGUCACGAUGCUUUUACCCAAUGGCAUUUGAGAAAUCUUACUAGUUUUCAUGGUUGUAUGAAAGAAGUAUGGAUAAAUCACAAACCAGUUGAUUUUGGCAACGCCCAGACUCAACAGAAAGUUCAACCUGGCUGCGGAAUUGUUGAUCAAGACCGUGAAGAAGAUGAACAAGAAGAUGAAAUGGAUGGAAUGGUUGAAGAACCAGCCAGUCCGCCAGACCCCUGCCUUAGUAAUCACUGUAAGCAUGAUAGCAAAUGUGUAGCUACAAGAAACGGAGAGUACGUUUGCAAAUGUAGACCUGGUUUUAAGGGGAAGUACUGCGAGCAAGCUCCAACUUGUCGAAAAGAGCAAGUUCGCGAACAUUAUACGGAACAUGGAUGUAGAUCAAGAAAGCCUUUAAAAAUGGCCAAAUGUAUUGGUACUUGCGGUUCGAGCUGCUGUCAUGCCAGGAAGAGUAAGAGGCGGAAGGUACGUCUCAUCUGCAAUGACGGCACUCGAUACACCAAAGACAUUGAUAUCGUGCGUAAAUGCGCCUGCACCAAGAAAUGCUACUGACUGACAGACGCCGCUAAUCACAAUUCUAACGCCCAAUCAUCAUUAUUUAUAGCAACGCCCCAAACAGAGACUCUAUACGUGGACGACGAAGAAAAUCAACCAGUUCACGCCCCCAUGACGCAAGACUUCGAACCCGAACCAGCAACUAAUCAACCUUAUAAGUUAACAUUCUACUAUGAUAACGAGAAAAAUCAAAAUAAUAAGAAUAUACAAAACGAUGCACCAUUAGAUCCACAGAAAGAUUAUGAUGGAUUAGUCGUACAAAGUUACGAUAGUUCCUUUGAAGGAAAAAAAGCUGCCAGAUAUGCGAAAGAGUUUAAUGAACACGGCACUGGUUGCAUGCUGUCAGCGUUCCUUUACUUCGUUACAAUAACGUCUUUCGUAUACUUAGCCAUCCUGUGGAUCAAGCAACGAAUGCACAUGCACGUAGAACAGAUGCAAUGGUGGUAGUAUUGCGCCCCCCUGAUUUUAGGAUAUUUCAAAUUUAAUAUUUAAAAAUUAAAGAAAGAAGACAUCCUUUAUUCGAAGUGUUCGAAUUUUUGCGCGAUUGUUUCAUGGGUUAAGAUCUAAAAUUCAGUGUAAGUUAAUACGUUACGUACCUACCUAUGUAGAAAACAAAAAUAAAAACAACAAAUUUUUGGUCCUUAUCUAGGUUUGUGCUGUAUUCUUUUAUAUCUCGAUUAUAAUUUUUACGUUAUUUUUAAUUUUAUUUGGCAACUUUAACUAGUUAGCAAGUGAGUGAUCUCAUUUUUUUCUAAAAUUUUAUCCAAGUAACUAAUAUGGAAUUAAUCUACAGAUUAUAUACCGAAUAAUAAUAAUAUUUAGAGAGUUUAUUCAAUAUCAUGACAGAAGAAAACAAUAACUUUUACAAUUUAUAAGAAAUCACUAUUUACAAGAACAUGUAGAAAUUUUUAUAAGCUUUUUCUGCAAAUUAAUACAAUUUUAUUAAAAGAAAACUCGAAACAGAUCUGAAGUAGAAUAUAAAAAUGAAAAUUAAUACUGAUGAAUCCUCAAGUCUUAGUAAUACGUAUGUCCCAAUCUAUUAUAAUUAGACGUUACUUGACAUAUGUUGGAACCAUAUCCCAUGACUUAUAGAUUCAUGGAAUAUGGUCCCAACCUCUGAAUAUGUAGAUAACUGAAACAGAUUCCAUUUUCUCUCUUUUUCCCCAAAAAAUCUGUUUUACAUUUGUCUUUGUCCAGAGAAUUUUUGAGUUUUAUUCGGCAGUCUUUUUCAUAUAGGUACAUGUGUUGUUGAUAUAUCUGCGUUAAUCGGAUGGACAACAGGAUAAAUGCAAUAUUGGACCUGUAGGUUACGUCGAAAAUUUGCCUGUCGACAGAAGAGACGCGUCCACAAGAUUCUUCUCAAGUUUCAAAAUAUUUUCUCAACUCUUCAAUUCUUUAUGAUUUUUUGAUAUGUUCUGUUAAUCUGCUGGUUAGGAUUACGUCUUUUUAGGAAGCUCCCCAUUGGGUCGAUCCCUGGACGACUAUCCUUAAACUAUUUCACAACAGUGUAUUGCUAUUGGUAAAGAAUUCCACAACGCUUUUCCUUAUUAGUAGUAUUUUCUUGUACUUACUUUCACCUUAUUUUCUUUAUUUUUUAAAACUUCGGUCGUAUCGUGCACCAUAUCAUUCUUAACAAAAUCUUCAGGAUAGUCCAAUCCCAUAGUAUAUUCCAUAGUAUAGGAGACUGUAUUGGGACCGUGCAAGUUCGGCAAAGCGACCCCUAUUUCUACGCUCUGUACUUUUAUUCGCACUUUUAAUUAUAUUGGCCAAUUAUAUUAGUCCUGGUUACUGGAUAAUUGUCAAGGCCAUAGUCCAAAAAAAUAAUAAGAAGAAAAAAUAAGAUGCAGGUUAUGUUAUGCAAACGUAAACAAUUGUAUGUAGUAAAUAAAAUUAAUUAUUAAAAUGCAGUACUGCAAGCAAAAUACAAUUAAUUAAAUUUACCUUUAUAUAAUAAUUGCAUAUCAUAUCGAUAUUGUGGAGCAAUAUAUAAUUUUUCUGCUUCAAUGACAGAAGGUAUGUAAUAUACGUCAAUUUGACAAUUUCAAUUGACAAUAUGAAUUAUUUAAGAUAGUUGCAAUAUUUCUCCGCGACUCGCGCACGGUCGUUUCUCGUUUCCCUUCCAAGUACUUGCACACCGCGAAUACAUAACAUGCUCUAUGUUAAUUUAUUGCGCC